UGAAGUAAUACAGCAUAAAGAACCCACAGGCAUCUGGGCUUUCCCACUUCAGUGGCAAAUAGGGGGAAUUAUGGGUUGGUGGUCUGCUUCCCGUUAGGAGGACACCCCUCCAUCUGUUUUCAGACCAGCCAGCUUCCAAUUUAAAACACAGAUUUCAAUGCAAACCUCAAUUUCUUUUCUCCAUUUUAUAUGCUAAGUGAAGCUUAUGAAUCGGUGUUGCUGCCAUAAGGGCUCAGACCAAAUUUCCCCCAAAAUUCAGGGGCUGUUCAUUUGAAUACCUGCUUACAGUGGUACACAAUGGGCAGCUUUGAGAAGAAAAAUUGAUAAUCUUCACGGAAGAAUAAUUUGAAUGAAAUUACACUUGACAGCCUGUCUCCAAGCAAACAAGGAGAGUGAGGGAGCCUUAGCUAAGCUCUGAGGACUUGCCUAAGCCUCUGCUGUUGGAGCUUCCCAGGGAAAAAAAAUCCACACUUUCCUACAUCUGACUGAAGCUUUUGAUUAAUUCUCUGUAGCUGUUUCUAGUGAAGAAAGGUAGCCAUGGAAGAGAAUAUGGAAGAGGGACAAACACAGAAAGGGUGCUUUGAGUGCUGCAUCAAAUGCCUGGGAGGUAUUCCCUAUGCAUCUCUGAUUGCUACUAUCCUGCUCUAUGCUGGAGUUGCACUAUUCUGUGGUUGUGGACAUGAAGCACUUUCAGGAACCGUCAACAUUCUGCAAACCUACUUUGAGAUGACAAGAGCUGCAGGAGAUGUUAUUGAUGUCUUUACCAUGAUUGACAUCUUCAAGUAUGUGAUAUACGGUGUAGCAGCUGCAUUCUUUGUAUAUGGUAUUUUGCUGAUGGUGGAGGGAUUCUUUACAACUGGUGCCAUCAAGGAUCUCUAUGGGGAUUUCAAAAUCACCACUUGCGGCAGAUGUGUCAGUGCCUGGUUUAUUAUGCUGACAUACAUCUUUAUGUUGGCCUGGCUUGGAGUUACAGCUUUUACAUCUCUGCCUGUUUACAUGUACUUCAAUCUGUGGACCAUUUGCCGAAAUGCCACCAUAGUGGAUGGAGCUAAUCUCUGCUUGGAUCUUCGCCAGUAUGGUAUUGUAACUAUUGGAGAGGAAAAGAAGGUUUGCACCUCUUCAGAAAGUUUCAUCAAGAUGUGUGACUCUAAUGAGCUAAACAUGACAUUCCACUUGUUCAUUGUGGCUCUUGCUGGAGCUGGAGCAGCAGUCAUUGCUAUGGUUCAUUAUCUCAUGGUCUUGUCUGCCAACUGGGCCUAUGUGAAAGAUGCUUGCAGAAUGCAAAAAUAUGAGGAUAUUAAAUCAAAGGAGGAACAAGAGCUUCAUGAUAUUCAUUCUACUCGCUCUAAAGAGCGGCUUAAUGCUUACACAUAAAAGAAAUCUUGUCUUACUUUUUACCAUGAGAAUGCUUUGCUGUUUAACUAAAGGCCAUCCAACCAUUUUAAAAACAAUUGAAAGUGCUUCUCACAAAAGAUUGUUUGGGUGACUUACAUAUCACCCAUGUACAAUUCUUGGUUGUCUAGCACUUGGUUUCUUAAUUAGUUCUUACUUUGUGUGACCAUUCUCUACCACAAAGCUCCUAAAUAGCCUUUCCUGAAUUCUCUUAAGCUAAUUAGUUCUGCUAGAUCAAGGAUAUUAAACUAUUGUCAAAUGCAAAUAUGUGUUUGAUUUUUUUAAUCACUUUGUAUGUGUUAUGCAUAACACCUUUUGCAUUAUUAUAUGUUUUUGAAAAAAAAAAGUAGCUUUUUAUACUUUUUAGUUUUGAGUUCAGUAACUACUUUAACUACAGGUAUACUUCAAAGGGACCAUUGUACCUGAUGUACAAUACAGUAAGAAAACAUUCUGAUGACUUUGCUUUAUAUUUGGAAAACUUGCUAGAUGGACCCUGAUCCAGUUGAAUGAAGGUCCUACUAACGUUUUAAACAAUCAAGGGUGCAAUUUCUAAAUUUGUAGUGGGUAAAGAAAAAAAGAAAAAAAAAGAGAAAAAAAGUUAAAAAAACUAAAAAAAGGAAAAAAAGUGCUUCUUAUCUUUGUUAACAUUGUAUUAUUAUUGAUGUUUUUAAAGAAUAUUCUCUUGUUCCAAGUUCCAUGGGUGAUAAUUCCUGUUUGUAUUGUGAGCAUGCAGACCGUGGUGCUAACAAUGCAUGGCCACUUGCCUUUUGAAGGAAUUCAAUACCACGGCUACCUGUUAAAGAGUUAUGGUAUAUAACGAUUGUUAAUUUAGUGAUAUAGUUAUCCAUAGUUUUUUACAGAAUGAUCUCUCUUUAAUUCAAUGAUGGUUAUGCUAAAUUGGAGCUGUUCAUGUGAUGAUGUAAGAAAUUACUGCUUAGCUACAUUUAUGAAAGUAAUAUAUCAAAAAUACAGUGACAAUAGGAGUCAGAUGUCUUUUUACCUGCUUUCAAUAUUUAAACGGAUUGCACCUGUCUGAACUGUAAAAGAUAUAUUAAACGAGACUUCCAUAAAUGUUAUAGCUUGGCUUCUAGCUUUCCUACACAUAUUGGUUUUCCUGUAUUACCUUGAAGUAAGGUGAAAGACCACUAAAGAUAUUAUUUGAAAGUA